CUCCUUGCGAGUGCCAUCUCGAUCAUGGUCACGAUCACGAUCACGGUCGCGGCCCCUGUCUCUAUCUCUGUCCCUGUCCCGAUCUCUGUCCCUGUCGCGGUCUCUAUCGCGAUCGCGCUCCCUCUCUUCCCUCUCUCGCUUCUCCCGUUCCUUGUGCCUUUGCUCUCGCUCCAAGUCGCGCUGUCGCUCUCUCUCUUCGCGCUCUUUCUCGCGCUUCCUCCGGCGUUCAUCUCUUUCUUCCUGACGUUUGAUCUCGGCCUUCUCACGCUCCUUUUCUUCUUGGCGGCGUUCUUCCUUGGCGAUGCGCUUCUUCUCCUCUUCAAUGGCAGCCUCUUUCUGCCUCAGCUCCUCUCGCACUCUCUCGCGUUCCGCUUGCUUGGCUGCAGUGUCGGCGGCAUACUCUUCGUCCGUCUUGGCUCCUCGUUUUUGCUCCUCGUUGGCGUUUUCUACACCGAUUUCGGCUCGUCUGGUUUCACGAAUACUCUGCUCGAUUGCGCCGACAUCGAUCAGCUCGCCAAUGACUUCCUCGGCCUUGUGAUACACUCCUGAUCGCUCUAAUGCGCCAUCGAUAAGAGCUGCGGCCUUUCUACGGUCCAACGUGAGGAGCUGAUGCGGAUUGCGCUCGACUUCCUGCUCUGCCACCUCGAGGAUGGCUUUUGUAACCUGAGCCUCGUAGUCCUGAUAGCAAGAAAUGAAAGGAUUAGCAAUGCCUAAAGAAAGAAUGAUUCAAGUUGCAAUU